AUGUUUGAAGGAAAAUACGAUGUUGUAGAUUCUUUCUACUUCAUGACAACACCUACACCUUUGAUUCUAUUUAUAACUUUGUAUUUGUACUGUGUGUUGAAGAUAGGACCAGCGUUCAUGAAUAAUCGAAAACCUUUCAGCUUGUUAAAAGUUAUCAGAGUUUACAACAUCUUCCAAGUUUUAGCAUGUGCAUGGUUUGUUUUCAAGUUUCAUUCACAUGGAUUUACUUUUCGAAAUAUUUGGAGAUGUGUUGACAGUCUCAAGAAGGGAUCUGAAAUUAAAACUAUGAACUGCAUGUGGUGGUUUCUUAUGCUGAGAGCUUUUGAGUUAAUUGAAACCGUCUUCUUCGUUCUGCGUAAGAAACAGAAUCAAGUCUCGACGCUCCAUCUCUAUCACCAUAUUAGCACACUUGCUUUACUCUGGUUAUACUUUAAGUAUAGCUCAGGAAUGAUGGAGCUUGCCAUUGUAGUGAUGAACUCUUCAGUUCAUGUCGUGAUGUAUCUUUACUAUUUCUUAAGCUCAUUCAAACGAAUAGCUGUGAUUAUUAAUGGCUUAAAGCCUUUCUUAACAAUAAUUCAACUUUUACAACUUGUAUUGAUGCUCGGACAUUGCGUUGUCGCCAUCAUGCCAGGAUGUAUUUGUGGCGUUUCAAAACUUUUCUACAUUCAAAUCGCUAAUCUUAGUAUUUUGAUUUAUUUCUUCAUGAAGUUUUUUAUUGAAUCUUAUUGCAAUUCGAACACAAACUCGAAGAUUAUUUCUAAAGAUUCCGAUAAUAACUUGAAAUGUGAUUGAAUUUUUGCUAUUAAAGAAUCUUGAUAGGAAUUUAUGGAAAAGUUAUGAUGAAUUGUGAAG